CAACAAACCCAACCAAAGCACCUUUCCUCCCAACGCCACCUUCGCCUACAGACUUCCUUGCUCCUACCUGACAAUGUUAAACUUCAGAGAUGUCUUUCCCUGAAUCCUGCCACUCUUCUGCCACUUCCCAAGGGGGGAAUUGUCUAUCAUUGGUACAGCCUGGAUAUCAACCCAGAGGUUCAAGCAGACCUACAGUUGCCUGUACUUACACCUCCACAUGAUGAACAACCAGAGGCCCUACUCCACUGCACAUUGUGGUUUAGGGAUGUACCAAGCCCUGACAUGAACUAUGAAGAAGAACUAUUCCAGCUCAAAGAAAUUCAAAUUUCCCUGACUGAUUUAUUCUGGGACUCUACAGGUACAAUGCUUGUCUUAGUUUGCCUCCCAGAGAAUGUAACACACCUCUAUCACCACUGGGAUACAGCUAUUCCACACAUAUCUCUCACCAGAUCCCUCAACACCUCAUGGAAAGACCUAGGCCCGAUGGCCAGAACAUGGAACCAAAUGACUCAAACACAAUUAACUUCUGCAGGGAUCAAUAAAAAGACCAUUGAUUACUGCACAACAGGGUACCCCAGGUACCACACAGAGGCCUGUGAGGACCCACUUACCACGGAUUGUGACUUCAUUGAUAUCCCCCAUGACUGUUUUGAACAAAUGAAAAUGGAAACUACACACCUACCAACUGUUUAUGAAGCUGCAUUACUUAAUCCGGAUCAAACAUUAUUUGUGGAUGGCUCAAGAUUUGCUGAUGAACAAGGACAGUAUCACACUGGAUAUGCAGUCACCACAGGAUGUCAAGUAUUACAAGCAGCUGCUCUACAACCAACCAAGUCUGCCCAAGAAGCAGAGUUAACAGCUCUGACCGUGGCUUGCAAACUGUCUGAAGGUCUACGUGUCAACAUUUAUACGGACUCAAGAUAUGCCCUGGGAGUGGCACACGACUUUGGUUUAAUUUGGAAGACCAGAGGAUUUCUUACAGCUACUGGUACUCCAGUAAAACAUGGGGCAACCAUUGCAGAACUAAUGGAUGCAUUGGAACUUCCAGCAGAAGUGGCAGUAUUGAAAGUAAAAGCCCACGGAAAAUUGGAUACAGAAGAAGCACGUGGAAACCACUUGGCUGAUCAGGCAGCUAAAGAGGCAGCGCGGCAAGGAUGGGAAGUGGACAGAAGAGUGACCACAGAUGCAUUACCUAUCUACACUAUGCAAACAUUGCCUACUGACCUCAGGCUCCUGAAGGAACUACAAGCUGCUGCCACCCCACAGGAGAAACAAAGUUGGAAGAACAAAGGAGCUGUACUCCGUGAUGAUGUUUACACUAUCAAUCUCAAGUUUUGCCUACCCAGAAACAUGUAUCCAGCGGUGGUCCAAUGGGCCCAUGGGCCAGCCCACCUGUCAAAACUCCUGA